ACCUUACCGUUUACUCUUGUCCUUCGUACGUAUCCUUUCCACGUCCCAUCGAUCCUCGUUGGUUGCUAGGGCAGUUUUUAAGUUUCUGGAACUUGCAGGUCUUUCGCAGGUUUUUCAUCGAGUGAAUAUUAAUCGUAUUUUUGAUACCUUGCAGUUGCUUGUUGGGUUUUCGUUUGUUUUUUUUUCUUGAAGCUAUUGAUCAUUGUCGUUUACAAACUUAGAUGUUAAUCCCACUGCAGUCAUCGAAUUUUUAUAUGCGAAUCUCACCGUCGUUUUGACGAACGAAGAGACUUUAAACGUUAUGACACUAUCUACAGGAAAAAAUUGAAACGAGAAAUUACUUAAAGCAAGUUAACGAUAGAAUAAUACGAUAGUGGAAGAUAGUUGAGUAGCAGAGUUAACAAUGAACAAUUGUUUGGUAAAUUUGUCGAGUUUUCUCAAAGAUUUAAAUAACCCACUGUAUAUGAAUUGCACUUUCAUCCAUCGUGAGUCGACUAAUCGGUUAACAUUCACCUGGAUUUUACACGCGAGCAAACAAAGAAAAACAGUGUUCUAGGAAUGUAAUUCCCUGAAAAACUGUCCGAAGAAUAAAAGAAGCUGCACGUGAACGGUAACUGGAACACAGUGAGGCUUUAAUGACUCGUUGAACGAUUGAUAGUUACGUCGUAGUUAACUGGUACGUUUGUAAAAAGAGACGUUGUUGCGGUAACGUCUGUAAGAACAGAGAAAGUAGAAAUGAGACGUUCUUAUGCAGACACGUUCAGUGAAAUUGCAUCAACCAACGUAAUGAUGAAUUAGUGCAUAUUAUGUUCCUAUAUCUAACACGAGUUGCAUAUAUAUCGCUUUUCUAUCUUUAUUUUAGUUAUUAUAUUUUAUUAUCUAUUUUGUUUAUCGCGUUGAAAAAGAUUUAUUUUCCACUAAACUCCAGGAUAAAUUUCUAACGAAUUUUUUUCAGAUAUAAUUUGGGCUUUUGAACUCUGCGAUAUAUAUCGGGUCAUGGUACAUCCUAGUCACGAAAAUACUUGAAAAUAGAGUUGAAAUGAUCGAAAGAUAGAUAGAACUUUAUUGACGCAACAAUUACUUCCACGAACUCUGACCAGCGGUUAAAAACGCUAGAAAACUAAUAGAAAACACGAACGACAAGAUUCGUUGAGAAAUGUCUGAUAUCGCAUUUCUCGGAUAUAGCUAAAUUAAAGACAAGGGAAGGAUAUCGCAUAUACGUAAAUAUAGCUUAGCUAAUAAGCAUGAAUAUCGUUUCGUGAUUAUAUAGGUAAUCUGUCAUUAUGCUAACUUUUGUAAUAACCAUAUAACUGAAAAACGAGGGUUUAUCAUAUUAUGUCAUUCCGUAAAUAGAAUGGAAAGUGGAAUUCUUUAGCAAAGAUCGUAGAUUUCCUGAACAAUUAUAUUUUCAUCGCGAAAUUACGCGUUACGUUGAAUGUUAUUUAUAGAACGUUGAUAUAACGAGGAGAUAUGACUGGAUAGAACGUUAAAUCGGCAAGAUUUUUACUUUUACUUUCUCCUUUCCUUAAUACGUGAAUCGUAAGACACCCACGACAAAAGUCGGGUACGAGGUUGUCGUUAGUGAAAGCACCGAACCGUGGAUGCAGCAAGAUGACCAUGACAUGUUUCGUAAUCUCGAUGACGUAUUACCUUUGGAUAGCACGAUAUCGGUGUGGCUCGCAACGAUCGCUGCAACCGUAGCAUGUUGCUAGCGAGUUCACGCAUCUAAUUUGUUCGUCGGUAAACGUUCGUGCCGCGAUUCUAACUCUUCCGUGGUUUGUAAACUAAAUUUUGUUAGUUGAAAAGUUUUCUAUUCGAACCUACUCAAGUUCUUUAAUCUGUAAAUGGAUACGGAGGACGUGUCGAAUGUCAGGAUCGGUGUAACCUUGAAGAACGAGCCGAAACCAGCGGCCGAGAGGGAGCUUCUUCUCGAAGAGGAUUCGCCGAAAAACGGCGACAUCGAUGUUGGAAAGUGUUGCAACGAUUUAAACGGUAUGCCGGAAUUCAAGGACGAUCAGAUCCAGUCGAACGACGAGGAGGUUUGUUUGGAUCUUGGAGAACCCUCGCCGGAAGUGAUGGAGUACGCCAGGAGAGAACUUGGAGAGACGGACGACGUUAAGUGUAGGACCCUUCAGGAAUUAAGGGAUAUGAUUUAUGAGAGAGGAGAAUGUCUGCCGCACAGGAUGGACGACGACUUCUUGAUUAGGUUCCUAAGGACGAGGAAUUUUAACGUUAACAGGGCGCAUAGACUGAUCGUAAACUACUGCACCUUCAAAGAGGAACAUCCGGAGAUCCAUCAGGAUGUGUGUCCACUGGAGAUGAAGCACAUCGGUGAAGACGACGUGAUGUCAGUGCCAGCUUACAGGACGCAGGAUGGCAGGAGAAUAAUGAUCUAUCGACUGGGAAAUUGGGAUCCAAGGAAAUAUGGCGUGGAGGAGAUCUUUAAAGCCACGGUCAUCAUUCUUGAACUCGGAGUUUUGGAGCCCAGAGCGCAAAUCCUUGGCGGCGAUGUAAUUUUUGAUCUGGAGGGCAUCACUAUGGCGCAUGCGUGGACUAUCACUCCUCAGGUGGCCAGUAUGGUGGUAGCUUUGAUAGUGUCAGCGUUCCCAAUGACGACCCACGCUAUACACAUCCUCCAUCAAUCCUGGGUAUUCGACGUGAUGUUCUCGGUAUUUAAGCCACUUCUGGACGUGAAGAUGCAGAAUAAGAUCUUCUUUCACGGUAGCAACAUGGAAAGCCUUCACGAGCACAUCUCACCGUUGCAUUUGCCGAAGAAGUAUGGCGGAACCAGGGAGGAAUUGGCUUACUACAAGUGGAUAGACAACCUCAGCAAAGUCCCUCAAAUCGUCAAAGAGAUGAAGCAAGUCGGCUAUAUAGUCCCUGAGGAGAUACAGAAGCAGUUAGACCAAUUGGUCGAGGAUUGAAUUAGGAUGCGCCUCAGGGAUUUCUGCGUUGCCAGUUCAAUAUUAUCUUCCAUUCUUGAUUAACAGUAACUAUAUACGUUUUAUGGUCAUUUAUAGACACGUCGAUCCAGUUAGGAUUUAGCUUGAUUCUGUUUUUUUAUUUCGUUCACUCUUUUUUAUAUCAUCGUUGCUUUAACGCGUUUCUUCCCUGUCAGAGGAUACAUUUUAUUUAGAGUAACUAUCGCAUUAGACGUAACCGAAGUAUUGUAUAUUUUAUAAUCGAUAUCCCAUUAUUACGUUCGUUCCACGACUUCCUAUAUUUUUUACUAUUUAGUGGCCACCAGUAUUUUCCACUAUAGUAUCGAUUAAACGUUUUAGAAAAAUCA